CGAGGGCGAAGCUGCGAUUGGCUGUGGCUCCUGCCAGUGCUCCCGGCGGAUGAGGGGGCGGGCCUGGGAGGCUGGGGAUGGGGAGCCGGCGGCAGAGGCGGCGGGGAGCGGAUCCCGGAGCGCGACGGCCAGUAUCGGACGCCAUUCCACCAUGCUGACAACAUUCUAAAUAUCUAUCAUCUCCCCAAAUUUUAACUGAAAACAGACUUCUAAGAGUGUGUACUCGAAGACUGAAGUACGACCGUCAAUUAUCAGACUUUCAGGAUGAAUCUGGAAAAGCUCAGCAAGCCUGAACUCCUGACACUAUUCAGUAUUCUUGAAGGAGAGCUUGAAGCCAGAGACCUCGUUAUAGAAGCUCUGAAGGCCCAACACAGAGAUACUUUCAUUGAAGAACGCUAUGGAAAAUAUAACAUCAGUGACCCUUUAAUGGCGCUACAGAGGGAUUUUGAAACACUGAAGGAGGAAAAUGACAGUGAAAAGCAGCCAGUGUGCACAAACCCACUCUCUAUUCUUAAGGUGGUGAUGAAGCAGUGUAAGAACAUGCAGGAGCGCAUGCUGUCCCAGCUGGCUGCGGCGGAGAGCAGGCACCGGAAGGUGAUCCUUGACCUUGAAGAAGAAAGGCAGAGGCAUGCACAGGACACAGCUGAAGGAGAUGAUGUCACCUACAUGCUGGAGAAGGAGAGGGAGAGGCUGACUCAACAGCUAGAGUUUGAAAAGUCCCAAGUGAAAAAGUUUGAAAAAGAGCAGAAGAAGCUCUCCAGCCAGCUGGAAGAGGAACGCUCCCGCCACAAGCAGCUCUCAUCCAUGCUCGUGCUUGAAUGCAAGAAAGCCACCAGCAAGGCAGCCGAGGAGGGGCAGAAGGCAGGGGAGCUGAGCCUGAAACUGGAGAAGGAGAAGAGCCGCGUGAGCAAACUGGAGGAGGAGCUGGCAGCUGAGAGGAAGCGAAGCCUGCAGACCGAGGCCCAGGUGGAGAAGCAGCUGUCUGAGUUUGACAUCGAAAGAGAACAACUGAGAGCAAAGCUGAACCGAGAGGAGAACCGGACCAGAACUCUGAAAGAAGAGAUGGAAAGCCUGAGGAAGAUCGUGAAGGACCUAGAAGCUUCCCAACAGCCCAGUAGCACCAGCGAGCAACCGAAGAAACCAGUAACCGUGUCCAAAGGCACCACAACAGAGCCUGCCCUGCUGGUGUCUGUGUUUUGCCAAACGGAGAGUAUCCAGGCAGAAAGAACCCACGGGAACAUCAUAGCCAAGGUGGCAAACACUGGUCUUCCUGGUCCCACUGCUCCUGCUUACUCAUACGCAAAAGCCAAUGGCCAUUGCGACCCAGAAAUUCAAACUAGCAGGGAGCUGAUCACAGGCAGCAGUGCAGAAAACCAAGUGCCUCCACGAGAGAAGUCUGUGGCAUCAGCCCAGGAGAAGCCAGUGGAGAAUGGUGGGUGUCCUGUGGGAGCUGAGACUCCAGUCACAAUGCCCAGUCACCUCCCUUCCAGUGGCAGCUCACUGUCUCCCAGCAGCACUGCCUCCUCCUCUUUGACAUCAUCUCCCUGCUCUUCACCAGUACUGACCAAGCGUCUUUUAGGCUCCUCAGCCAGCAGCCCUGGCUACCAGUCUUCCUACCAAGUAGGGAUCAACCAGCGCUUCCAUGCAGCUCGGCACAAAUUUCAGUCCCAAGCAGAUCAGGACCAACAAGCCAGUGGUCUCCAGAGCCCUCCAUCCAGGGAUCUGUCCCCUACCCUGUUAGAUAACUCUGCUGCCAAGCAGCUGGCCCGAAACACAGUCACUCAGGUGCUCUCCAGAUUCACUAGCCAAGGGCCAAUCAAGCCCGUCUCUCCCAACAGCUCUCCCUUCGGCACAGACUACCGGAAUCUGGCCAACACUGCCAACCCAAGAGGUGACACCAGCCAUUCACCUACUCCAGGGAAAGUGUCCAGCCCUCUGAGCCCUCUGUCUCCAGGAAUCAAGUCCCCAACCAUCCCUAGAGCUGAAAGGGGAAACCCUCCACCUAUCCCACCCAAAAAACCUGGCCUCACCCCAUCCCAGUCUGCUGCCACUCCAUCAACCAAAACUCAUUCCCAGGCAUCCUUAGCCACCACAGAAGACCUUGCCAGCAGCUGCUCUCCCGGUGCCAUGGUGGCCAAUGGCAAGGACGUUGAGAUACUUUUGCCUACCAGCAGCUAGUCCCUACAAGUGAGUGUCUACAUGUGGCGUUCCAUCAGAUUUCGUCCAGGAGCUAAGAGUUAGACCAUGGAGUCAGAUUGUGUUAUUUAUUUUGAUAGUAGCCACAACCAUCUGUAUAUUGCUGUUCAGUGUAUUUACCUUUUUGUAUUUUUUUAAGUAGAAAGUGAGUAGUUUGGAUUUCUAUAACUCACUUCUUUGUACUAGCUAGAAGGGGACCUCAGAGACAUCUCAAGCUCAGCAGUCACCCUGUGUGGUGGAGAAAUCUAUUGUGUAUCAGUCGGUGAUCUGCUGUCAUUUGGGAUCUGUAAUUACUCAACACUUGGUUUGAAUUCUGCAGAAGUGGUUCAUGCAUAUUUUUAUUCCAGAUGAACAUGUUUUAAAAGUGCCUGAAAUAAGACUGCCACAUGAAUGUGAUUCUGCAGCAGAAACAAAAGAAAACGAGAUCCUCUGUGAAUCUGAAUGUUAGAACCAACACUGCUUUUAAUCCUGGUUGACUUUUUCACACCAGCUUUGCAUUCUGAAACAAGGUUGCAUAAGUAGAGUGGAAAUCCUUCUAAAGGUGGGUGUGAACUCUCCGUGAAGCUGAGCUUUAUAAAGCCCUCAAGAAACCGUCCCGAGCACUAAGCAGUUGGGGUGCUGAUUUUCUUGUACUUUUGAAAAAUUAAGUCACUCUGGUUUCCUGCAUCCAUUCUUGAACAGAGUGAAAUCACAUCUUCAUUCGAAACCAUCUUGGAGCAUCUACUGUUGUGAAAGGAACUUCUGAUUCUGAUUGCUUUUACUUGAAUAGGAAAUAGCAGAAUGACGUCUUUAUUCUGUAAUCAAAAAGCAAUAACUUAAAAUUCACUUUAUAAUAUUUUAAGUCAAAAUUAUACAGGUGUUACCAAACUGUUACAUUUAUUCUCCAAGCUGCCAGCACUUGUCUCUGUGGAACCAAAUUAACUUUUGCCCAAAUGGAAGUAUACAUAUACCUGUAUAGAUACAUGCCCCUUUACAUGUUUAACAUACACACACUGAAGCACAUAAAUAUUAGUGUGAUUGUAUCUUUGGAGUUUGCAGUAUAGCAUAAAGGACAAGUAGAAUUGCAUGUUAAGAUUACCUGCCAAAGCAGCUGGGUGUGGUGUAGUCCAGUCAGUCAGGGGAGGGAUCCCUGCACAGGGAAGUGCAGCGACUCAAAGUGAAGCCCAAAUCAGCAUCCUAAAAAGGCACAGCUGAACUAAGUCUAGGGGCACGGAACUCAGCUGGUUACAUGAAUGGGUGAAGCAGAGACUCCCAGUGCUGUCCACCAGUUUGUACUGGGAGCUAUAAUGAAGCAAAGGGCACCAGCCCCAUUUAGGAAGACCGCCCCCGUGCCCUGCCCUGCAGGAAUGCUGAACCAGGGCUGCCAGUUCUUUAAACUAGAGAAUUCACAUUUCCACAAAGAAUCUGCAUUCAAAAUAUUUCCAUGUUUUGAAUACCAAGAACUGAUUUUAAAAUGUUUUUAAACACUGCUGGUUAAAACAAACACGGCUGCAGCUGAAUUUAACUUGUAUGCUGCCAGACCACAGCCUUUUAAGUUCUAGAAGUUCUGAUGUUUCCAUCAUAGUGAGUUUGUAUAGAUGGAAGCCUCCAGGUUUCUCUGCUGUGUAGGCUGCUACACAUGACCAAGUCCACAGAAUAGAACUGUCUCGCUUUUACAAACAGCUCUUGACAGCCCAACUCAAACAUUGUGGUUAUGUGAUUUUUGUAUCCAGAGGGAGAGUGGUGGGGGAAGAGAGGCAUUGGUGUCUUCACAUACAUUCUCCUAGCUAGCACCUAUCCAGCCGCCCCCAACCUGCUAUAAUGUUUUCUUUUAAUCUCUUGAGUCAACGGUGGAAAGACAUGUGAUGGAAAUCAAUGGAUAAGUCCAGAGCAGAGUCACUUGUGAUGCUACCGCUUGUAAUUUAAGGUAAAUACAUGAAAUAUAAAAGUACUGCUGAUGUUCCAAGGUGUCUACCGAAAUGCUGUAAGGGGUAUGUGGAACUUCCCAAAGCUAUCAUGUGUUGAGUUGUACUCCCAUCACGUAACCAAAAUGGAACAGUGAGGAUCAAAAGCUGAACUUCCUAAUCAAGGGGAGACUCCAGUGCCAGCGUGCUCUUACCUCUCUUGCUUUAAAUGGUAAUCUUAAAAAUUGCAUUGUGCUCUUCCUUUGUUUGGAGAUAGAUAUAUAUAGAGAGAGAUGCUAUAAGGAAGUUUAUUUCUUAGGAAGUACACUGAAUAAUGUAUUUCUUUUAAAGUGUAAUAUGGGGGUGGGGAUAUGCAAAAGAAAUGUGUAUUUUUGCUAGUUGCCUAUCUUCUGAGAUAAAUAAGCACAAUCCUGAAAUGGAUCCAAUAAUUCAGUUAGAGAUUAUAGAUUAGUAUUUAAGUUUGCAGUAGAUUGUGUGUGUGCUAUGUAAAAGUUCCAUGCUUCACAAUUUUGGGAUUAACCCACGUCAGCAAAGCUAUGUUACUGGUCAACAGAUUAUAAUGAUGUGUGACAUGUUACACAAGCAUUAACUAGUCGUUAACAUUUGUAAAGCCAAAUGUACCAUGCUGAAGUCUUCAUUUUUAUAGCAGACUACAUUAAAACAAGUUAAAUUAU